AAACAAAACAAUUAUAUACAAAGAGGAAAUGGGAGACCCUACCCCUUUGCCUCCUGUUUAUGUGAGAUCACAGACAUAAUGGCCUGAAAAAAACUCUGAAGCCCACAAAUUACAAUUACAAAACAAACAUUAACGAGAGAGAAAGCUGUUAUCUUUUGGUUUUUGCUUUACCUUGUGUCACAUUUUAAACACAUAAUAAAUUUAUCUCUAAUUUAUUCUAAAAUAUCAAAGUCAUCUUUAGUAUAUGCCAGUAUCCCUGAGGCACCAAAUCAUCCUUGCAAUCUUCAAAAGCCAUCUGAUAACUGCAGCUUUUGUUUAUAUAACACUGGAUAAUAACAGCCAUAUAGCCAGUCAGAUACAGAAAUCGCUUUUUGUUUCAAGGAAAUUAUUAGUGAUAUUACCAGUGGCUGACUCUUAAUAUGACCAUUCAAGCAACAGUGGAUCAAUACUACAAAACUGCAGUUAUCCACUACAGGAUCGGCACAAAGGAUGAAUCGGAGGAAGUUAAGCAGACAUGGACAGAGGGGCGGACAUGUAAGUUUAGCAUGGAGAGAUAAAAUAGUUGGCGAGUCUCCAGAGAGGGAGAUCAGACAGAAAGAGAAACUUUCAGAGGCACGUAAAAAAAUACAGAGAGAGAGCAACAAGAGCAAAUUAUUGUGAGCGUCUUUGAUAAGCGAAUGUAGCUCUCUGCUCACAAGACAUUCACCUUAUCUCGUUUAUUUGGAGCCAUACCAAAGAAUCUUCCAGCAUUCAUCCAGCAUCAUCUGAAGAUGGCACUGGAGAUGAUGACAACAUCUUUACUCACGACUUUAUUUCCUCCAUCAUCCACACCGCCCUUCCUCCACCAGAACCGGACGAUCAACUCCUCUGAUCAGUCUUGGCUGAACAAUAGCACUUUCACACCCAUUCAGCCUUCAGGUUUAGUGAUGUCUUGCGUAACUAUGAUAUUUGGCAUCAUCUCCAACCUGACUGCUCUGGGCAUCCUGGCUAGGUCACGUGUCAAAUUCCGCCACCAAGCCAAAGCAUCAUUUCUACUACUAACAGUGGCUUUGCUUUUGGCUGACCUCGGAGGUCAUGUAAUCCCUGGUGCCUUUGCAUUGGAAAUGCGCAUCAAGCUGAUUUACAACAUAAAGCCUAUCAGUAAAUUUUGUAAUGUCUUUGGAGCAUGUAUGGUUUUUUUUGGCUUAUGCCCUUUGCUGUUUGGCUGUGCCAUGGCAGUAGAGCGUUGUGUGGCAAUCACCCAACCCUUUUUUCAUGCGUCUAUGAUUACAGUGGCUCACAUGUGGAGAGUUGUAUUAUUUCUGUCCUCUCUUGCAAUUGUUCUGGCAGUUCUACCUUUUUUUGCAGUGGGUGAGUAUAAACCCCAGUUUCCGGAUACAUGGUGUUUCUUGCCUAUCCAUAAAUCAGAGCCUGAAGCUGACACUAAUCUGGCUCUGGCCUUCUCAUGUCUGGGUCUCACUGCACUCAUUCUUUCCCUGCUCUGCAACAUCCUGAGUAGUGGAGCAUUGCUGCGAGGCAGGAUAAAGUCGCACAACGCUCAGAACAAAGUUGGAGCUCGUCGUGGAUCAGCAGUAUCAUCUUCCUCUUUAUUUUUUACAUUGGAUGUGGAGGUGAUGGUGCAGCUGGCAAUGGUCACCGUGGUUUCCUGUGUCUGCUGGGGCCCCUUUCUGAUUCACAUUCUUGUGGUGCAGCUCAAUCACAGACAUGCCUCAGCUGGGAAAGACGGAUUUUUUAUUCUGGCCUUACGUAUAGCCUCCUGGAAUCAGAUUUUAGACCCUUGGGUUUACAUCUUGCUCAGGAGGACAAUGCUUUCCAGAGUUUGCUGUGGUCGCUAUACACAGAGAUCCACAGUGAGAAGCUCCUGUUCAUACACAAGAUACAAGGCUUCAGUCUGCAAUGACGAUGUUUCUCUGGAAGUUUUCUCUUAUGAUCAGAAAUAAAAUAUAUCAUUACAUGUGUGUUGUCAAAAUGUACAUGUGUUAUUUUCCACAGGACUUGCUGAAGUCAAUAUUUAGCAACCAUUUGGCCCGCAAAUCGUGUAACAGACUUAACACAGCAUUUCACAACAUGAACAUUCAGUUAGCAGUCUGUGCCGGUGUUAUUUCAUCAAUAGCAGCCACCUGCAAAUCCUGCAGUUGGACAAU